UUUAAAGUGCACGUAGGAUCAGAUUGUGCUUAUUCGAGUCCGUAAGAUAGUACUUCUACAAUUGAUACGUAAGCAUUGUCUAUCAGUAUCACUUAAGAGAUAUCUGUAGAUGCUAAUAUAAUUAAAUGUAUAGUGUCGGACAAAAUAAUAAGAUAAGGGAUUUGUAUAAUCAGUAGAAUCUUAGUUCAUUAUCUUUGUCAAUGAAACAAUAUAUUAUCACAACUACGUCACCAAGAGCAAUAGCGCUGUAUCUGUGGCCAGGUACAGGCAGCAUACGCCAAGUUCAGUGGUGACCACGACGACAGAGCAACAGAGAUAGCAGAAAACGAUACCAGAAGACUGCCAAUUGGAAAUCGUCGAGCGAGCUUCACGUCGUUCUUCACGACAGAGCAACAGUGACAACAGCAACAAGCUUGCUACAUAGACGUCGAAGCCGCAGACGAUAACGACGGUGGCCAAGGUGAGAGCCAAGCAGACGGCGCAAAGGAAUUCAACGGAGCUCAAGAAACCAACCCGAAGAGCAAUGACGGACAUAGUGAUAAGCUAUCUAACGGCCAGUCGCAGUGGUGUGAUUUACCGGAACAUAUCAUGGAGCGCAUUUUUGCACACCUGAGUAUCCGUGAACGGUACUAUGCUAGUUUGACCUGCUACAGUUGGUACCUGGCGUUCUAUCUACCGAACGUAUGGUCCAAUUUCCUGGUAGAAGAUAAAACACUCUCGAGACUAAAGUACAACUACUACUCCGGUUGGCAACCGGUACUGGAUCCGGCUCGUGUGCAACUUUGUCUGCUAUCUGUAGGAAGAUUAUUCCGGGGACUGGAUUUUCGCCCGGUAUUCUCGUUUAACAACAUGUUUCAAUUCAUGACCACAAUUUCGUGGGCCAUUGAACAGAAUCAAAAGCCUACGCUCCCGCGGGAAUGGAUCGGCUGCGGAACCAAAAUCAAAUCUCUGAAUUACAUCUUCCCGUGCAAUAUGGCAUCCAGUGAGGACCCGGAAUCGAUUAAAUUGUUCGGCACGGGUGGCCAACUGCUCGCCGCACUCAAGAAACUGAUGUACAACUUACCUCACCUGCAAACCCUGAAACUGGUCGACUUGAUGCUAGAAAGGUACGAGGCGAAUCACUUGCUGGACGAAGUGCUGGAAGCGUGCUGCUUGGUGCUGAAACGACUGCAUCUGAUCAAUGCGACUAUGGUGCAUUGCCCCGUGAUGCACAUUGGAUUGUUUCUGAAUUUACGGAUCCUCGUUGUGUCUCCGCAAAACAUUGACGACGACAUCCUGACACUGCUGGCCGAUUCUAAAGUACGACACCUGUACCUGUUCCAGAACCGUUACACUCCGGUAGCACUAUCGAUCAGUCCGUGUACGACCAAGGGCUGGCGACUGCUUCGCCGGGAUAAUCCCGAUUUGCGGGUACACCUGCGGGUCGAGUCCACAAGUGCAGGCGAAAUUUUGCUGCAGCCGGAAGCGCCGGUGCACAGUAUGAUUUAUCAAACGACGAAAACAAUGAUUGACACGGACAAAUUACUCGCCGCAAUCGAUACAUACCAGUCCACGCUGACAGUGUACGGGUAUGAAAUGUUGCCAGAUUUUACUAUGUCUGUCGAGAGGCAAGAAAGAGUUGAAAACCUUCUAGUACUAAUGGCGAGAUUAUGCACGGGUCUGACCGUACUGAUGAUCCGUGAGCGGAUUUCAACGGUGACGGUAUUGCUUAUCGUACGAUUUGCAAAAAAUUUACGCCACCUUAUCGUUCGACGGACCCAAUUGAUGGUAGGAGACGAUUGGCCUAGGAAUCCGGAUUGGAGUGAUGAAUUCUAUCUAUGGCUUUUGAUGGCUUCACGCUCAAUUGAAUCAACCGAAAAGGAAAUAUCGCAGAUUAUGGGUACGAAUUGGAAGGCUAUUAGUGAUGAACAUUUUGCUAAGACUUUGUUAACCAAGCACGUGGAUCAUUGAAUCGUCGAUUGUCAGAAGAAUGGGAGAUACACUGGUCCCUCAUCUAACAAAAGAAGACCAAUGAACGAGACGGCCCAUCUAGAUACAGUCAUAAAUGAGGCUAUCCUCAGAGCUCCCUUUUAAUUAAGUGUAGAUAAUCGAACAAUUAUUUCAUUACUGUGUAGACUGUGGAGGAAGGAACAAAUCCCGAAGAACAGCCUCUUGUGAUACACAAUCAGAAGGCACUUUGGUCUUGUUUUUCCUCUUCGAUGCGAUGGUCUGCUGGAUUUUCUUGAAUCGUUAUUAUCAGCAGUCAUAAUAAUGUUACCCUCAUUUUUGUUCUGUUGUUACUUGUAAUAGCAAAGUCUGGCCCGGCUGAGUCUCGGAGGAAUUUUCUCCUCAUUUCAUAGGCGCUUAUCAUGAAGCCUAAGCAAUAAGACCGAAGAAAUUUAACAUUAUUAGCAUCGUGUGCCGUUUUAGGGAGGUUCGGAAAGUAAUAUCACAACAGCAGCUCAUUACACUCUAGCAUGUCGUGUAUUUCAUAGUACUAUUUAGAAAGUAAAAAAGAUAAGCAUACCCUAGUGCAAAUGGUUGAGUAAUUUACAAUAAAAUGCGUUCAAAAGCAGUAAACAAAAGCAAUCACAAUUGUAACAUGAUUUUAAUGGUCUCUGUCACUUUCGGUCAUGAGAUUUAACUUUUCAUCACUGCAAUGUUAGUAAAAUGUAAAAAAAAUAUGGUACUGGAGUCCUAGAUAAUAGUUUAAUGGCCGAUCUUACUGAUUGUUUAGACUUGGUUGUACCCAUUCACAAAACCAUUUGGGGUCGUUUGACUUCGCAUAAGAGCAAUUCCAGGAAUGAGUAGACGAAAAAGUGACAAAAUCGGAAUCGACCUUCUCCGAUUUAGAUGAAACUUUGCACAUGACUUCAGUAUGGCAAACCAUAAGUUCUGAACAGAUAGAGAGGUCAAUCCGACUCACGACUGAUUUUUAAAAAGGGCGUGUGUAUUUUUGCAUUCCACAAAAAUUUCCUUUUUCAAAUCGUUGUAACUCGGAAACCGUUAAUUGUACAAAAAUGGCGUCCAGGGAGAAGUUGUACGGUAUCGAUUGGGCACUCGUUCUCGCUGAAAGAUAAUCAUUUAAACAGUAGAAUAUUAUUCUACAAGUUAAAGGCAAUAUAUUUGUUCAUGAUAUCCUUUCUUCUAAAAGUAGCUGUUCUUGAGAUACUUGGACAUAUAAUUAUAACACCAUUUUUUAUAUUUCCAUGAAUUGUUUAUUUGCUUGCUAUAUCUACAAUUAUUACAUGUAUAUAUCUACAAUUAUUACAUUACGAUCGUAUGAUUUUCCUUAUAAGCCCGCCUACGACAGCGAUCACAAAUGUUCAACGCGGUAUUCAAUUUAACCUUGCUUGAGCUUCUAAUUUUCCAAUUAUGGUUUCUGUUAAUAGGAAAAAUUUUUCGGGACACACAAAACCAGGAAAAGGUUAACAACGCUUUGGGAAAACCAUAUUGUAGUAUUGUAACUGUUUCGAAAGAGAUUUGUUAUAAACUAAUAUCUGUUCUACGAUGCAUAGCUAUUUAUAUGUGAAACAGGUAGAAUUUAGGUAAGCAAUUCGCCGGUACGUACGUUGGUUGUAAACAGUUGGUAGUCAACUAGCACAGCUCUUUGAUUCUACAUGUGUUUAUUCAUUUUGACGUAGUCACGUUAGUUCUACUGUUUAAAUGAUUAUCUUUCAACGAGAACUUGAAAUUUCGAAUAUAUCUGUAAAUUGUUUUAGCUGUAAUUUCUUCAUUUUUCAAAAGGAACGGAUGGGAUAGCCAUCAAUCUGUAGGUUUUAAUAAGAGCUUUAAAAUAA